ACUACCUAACCAGAACGAUGGAUUUUAACGAUAUUUCUCAAUGGCUUUCUGGCCAACAAGCUCCUGGUGUCCCACUUACUAAGGUAUUCAGCCAGUAUGUGACUGUCCCAGAGGCAGUGCGAAUAUUUGAACAAUUCCAGUCAAAAUGGAUCCCCAAUGGUCAAGUUCUUUGGAGUGGCAUACCGUUCGACAAGGCCCAGGCAUGGGCAGAGAAAAACAACCUGCAAACAUUAACUACAGCCAUGGGCCCUUUGAUGGAUAAAAACAAUCCAGAAUGUCCGGGGAUAGGAAAAUCAAAGAAUCAAUGGAGUCGGUAUAUUCAUGGUGCUUCGGCAAUUUUUGCUUGGCAUAUCGCUAGAUUCGAGAAAGUCAUACUACUUUCCUCUCCACCACCUCAACGAUUACAUCCCACUGGUCUUUCAAACUACCAAUCGAUAGAAGAGCCAAUUAUUCAAGGACUUCUUGGCCAUUGCGCGGUUCAAAAGAUCAUUAAUAUACAUCCUACUGUUCCGGGCGGCGAAAAAUGCCCAUACGAAAUAUGGCCUGAUGACGAAACUUUCAAAUGGACUAAGCAAUUUGGAAUGAAAUAUACCUCUAAAAGAUGGAGCGUAUCCUUAGUGUCCCCGGACAGCCUUCCUCCACCUAUUCUGUGGUCUAUAUUACUCGUCAUUUUAGCCAGAUUUACAGUCUUCAGUUCAGCCUGUAUUCUUUUUACAGUGAUUAACAGAACCUUGCGACAAGAAAACGGAGCAAGCAAGCGUUGCCAAUUGAGACCUGACUCAAAUGACACAGGUGGGUCUGUUCUGACAAUGAGAUCAAGCAGAAAGAAAUCCUUGGGAAUUUAUCAAAGAAACAAGAUCAACUUUGAUAAAAGCGCCCGGGAUACAACGCAGAAGGAAGCUCAAAAAAAGCGUACAGCAGAGGAAAUCCAGCCCAGGGUCCAGGAAGGAGCUCAAAAGAAGCCCAGUGCCAAGGGGAAAAGAAGGACCAAAGUACAGAAGAAAGCUUUAAAGAAGCGCAAAGCGAAGAAAAUCCGGACCAAGGCGCAGGAAAGAGGUCAAAAGAAACCCAAUGCCAAGAAGAAAACCGGUGUCAAAGCGCAGAAGGAAGCCAAAAAAGUGCAAAGCGAAGAACAUUGAGACCGAGGCGCAGACUGAAGCCCACCGCAGAAUAAAAUCUGGAGAAAUUAUCUUAAGUUGCAUGUACUUUUGAAAUAUUGCCUGCACUAUAUUCUGCACUACUUUAGCCAAUGUCUCAACCAGGGACCGCCUUUUAGGCGUUAAGGGACCGUGAAACAAAAAACAUGGGUCAAUAUCUCUAGC